AUGGCGCACGAAGAACGUUAUUCACAGCUAGAGAUUCACGAAAAGGGCACUUCAACAUCCCAAGACUCCGACAAUGAAGACCUUGAUCUCAACUCCGACCUCUCCCCACGAGAUACCGACGAACCCUCGACCUCACUCUUGAACCACCGAAACAAUCCAUCACCUUCCAAACCUCAUCGUCUAUACACCCUCUCCCUCCCCAUCCUCCUCCUAACAAUCACCACCUCCCUCCUCCUCGGCAUCUCCUCCACCCUCGCCCUCCAAACACUCCUCUCCCCUUCCCCAUCAACUCCCUCCACCCGCAACGCCAACACCCUCGCCUCCCCCUCCCCCUCGGACCUCAACACAACCUACCUCCUCCCCUUCCCCUGCGGCGCGACCCCCUCCGCCGCGCGCGCCGCCGGCUGCCUCUUCGACCUCAUCUCCUUCAACUGGCUCCCGCCCGCCUGCCACGACGCCGCCCUCGCCGCCACCUUCGAGGCCGAGCUGCGCGCCGCCGGCGAGCUGGUCUGGUACCGCGACAAAAACCGCACCGCGCCCCUCACACGAGACCAGAUCAUGACGGGGGAGUACACUGGCGUUUACGUGAGCCUGGCGUACCACCUGCGGCACUGCACGGCCAUGUGGCGGCGGAUGCACCGCGCGCUGAUGCAGGGCGGCGGCGGGCUGGGGAGGGUGGAUAGCUAUAUCUGGGGGUAUCAUCAUACGCUGCAUUGCGAGGAGACGUUGCUGGGGCGUAGGAAUGAGACGGAGGCGGAGGUGUUUACGACGGAGGUGAGGAUUAAGUAUCCGGAUUGCGGUGUUGUGAUUGAGAAAGCUUUGCGGGGGUGGAAGAAUAGACUUCAGUCCAAGUAG